AUGAAAAGUCCACAAAGAGAUCAGUCAUUUGUAACAACAGCAUUAAAUGACUUUAGCAAUAAAAAGAAUCAAUAAUAUUUUACAACAAGACUAAAAGGUGCGAUAUUGAAGUAGUGUAAUACAUAUGAAAAUAAGUGUAACUAUUAAGAAUUCAAGUUAGCUUUAAAAUCUCUUAAAGCCAUAUUUUAAGAUGAUCAAAAUAUGAAGGAAACAAAAAAUAUUUUUGCUAAAAACAAUGAUUAAAUAAUAAUAAAUGAUCUAGUACAAUGUAUUUACUAUGAAGGAUAAAACAUACAAGCAGAAGUCAUAAUAUUUGUCAACAUUGAUGCUCUUAAAGAAUUAAUUUAAACUCAUAAUAAAUAACGAUAGGCUUAUUUAGGAUAAAGAGUUAAAACUGAAGGGGAUGAUCAUACAGAUCAUAUAGACAUAACAAAAAAAUACAGGAAUCCUCUUAUUUAAUAAAGAACUUUUUACAAUCAUAACAGAUCUUUUUACAACUUAAAUGGAUUUGACAGUACAACCUCUAAAAACUCAAACAGCAACUAUAUAUUUUAGAAUUAUAUUGAUGUAUAGUAGCCAUCAGUAUUUAAUGUCGAUACAGAAAAUAUAGAUGAAUUCAAAAAAAUUAAACUUCCAAGACCUAAAAAUUUAAGAAAUGAGAUAAAUUUGAGACCAUUCGCUCAAAAAGAUAUCACUAAUACUACUACUGCAAUAUCAAAGACCAAUAAAAAAGAAUUUACUUUGCUAGAAAAGAUUCAACUUAAUCAUAUUGGAUAUCAUCAUUUAUUAGCACUUGAAAAAAUUUUGGCAGAAUUAGACCCAGAAAACUAAGGUAUAGCUGACAAAGAAAAGUAUGGGAAAAUAGUUAAAAAACAUAUGAGUAAAAUUUUAAAUGAAGAAUUGCUGCAAGAAAUCAUAGAUUCUAUAUCAGAAGGGGAUUUUAUUUCUUGUAAAAAAUUAUCAGGACUCCUUGAUGCAUAUAAAUUUGCUCCUCGUUUUCCUGUAAAAUCCGAGAAGAAUAACUCAGAUAAUUUUAAAAGAAAAAUGAUGGAUUAUGAUAUCACAAUUCCAAAAUAGAGCAACGUACAUGAACUUUAUGUACUUUUAAUUGAAAAGCUUGAAGAAAAAUUUGAAAAAUUUCUGAAAGCCUUCAAGUUCUUUGAUUGCUAGUAAUCAGGAUAAAUUUAAUACAUGGAUUUCAAGUAGACUUUAGAUAAACUUUGUAUAAGAUUCAAGGAUGAAGAAGCUAGGGAAUUAUUUAAUAUUUUAGAUAAAAAGCAAGAUGGAUUUAUAGAUUAUGAAGAGUUCUGUUAGCUUGUGCCUAAUAAACUGGAAUUAGAGAUGCUUGAUAGAAAUGGAGAAAGUUUAGCACAAAAAACAAGAUAAAUUUAUGAAAAAUUUGGAGAUUUUCAUAACUAUUCUCCUGAUCCAUAUAGAGUAUUAGAAAGAUCCAGAUGUUAAAACCCUAGGUUCAUGGAUGAAACUACUGAAAAAAUAGGAAAGGAAAUAUUUUAUACAGAAAAAUUAAAAAAAGUUAUAGAAAAUAAUAUUGUUGUUAGAAAAGGAAGAUGUGAUCCAGGAAGUGCUUUUAAGUAUGGCUACAAUACUCCUUCAGAUAUAAACCAACAAUUUGCUUAUGGAAUUAAAAGUAAAAACACUGAAAAUAUGUUUGAUAUUAUGAAUAAUAACUAUUCAAAAGAAUGGACUAUGGAUUUAGAAAAUAAGAGAAUUUAGUAGGAUUUGAUGUUACAACAAAUAAAGUUUAAAAAAUAAAACAAAAAUACUUACACAAACCUUUUAAGAUAAAUGCAUAACACAUAGACAUAUAAAGAUGAUAGUCGAUCUCUACCUAAAGUUAAAAAAUUAGCUGAAUUGAAUCAAAUAAAACCUGUUUUUGAAAAAACUUUUACUGAACUUAAAAAAAGAAAUCAUUCAACUGUAAUAUAAAAUGCUUACGAUUUCUAAGAUGAUACGAAAUCAAAUAUAGGUUCAUUAAUGAGAGAGCUGAAAACUCCAAAUUCUUGUGUUAAUAAAAAUACUUAAGAUAUAAAUAUGCAAAAUGCUAACACUGAGUAAUAUACAAAUAGAUCUAAAAGUUUACUCAGAAACUACAUGAAUACUAAUCAAUAAAAAGGCCGAAAUAAUGGCCCCAAUUUUGAUGUUUUAAAUAGAACUUUUACAUGCUAUUGA